AUGCAAUUAUGGGGCGCUCCGCCGCCGGAACCUCGCACACGACUGGAGAACUGGCCGACGCUACUAUUCAGCUGGUGGGCAACCGGCUUUGCAGCCUUCUUCAUCCUCGCUCGCCUCUGCGGCCGCAAGUUCAGAAGCGGGGUGCUGUUCCGGGAAGAUUGGAUCAUGAUGGCAUCGAUGAUACCGCUGUUCAUCCGCAUGGCACUGAUACAUGUGGUUCUGCUCUAUGGCACGAACAAUAUCCAAACGAUCGGGUACGAAUUCUCGGAUGCUGUGCAGGAGCACCGCAGUCUUGGUGCGCGGCUUGUGUUACCGGCGAGGAUCUUUUACGCCAUGACGAUUUGGUCGCAGAAGUUGGUGGUGAGCGAAUUUUUGAAGCGGAUCACCAUGAGUAUUUGGCGACGCAGCUAUGAGGUGGUGUUGCAAGGGAUUCGGGUGUUUCUAUUGAUGACGUUCUUUGCGGUGGUCAUUGCGACGUUGACUGAAUGCCGACCCUUCCACCAUUACUGGCAAGUGAUACCGGAUCCAGGACCACAUUGUCGUCUGGGUUAUGCUCAAUUAUUCACAAUGGGGACUUGCGACAUCAUCACAGAUAUUCUGCUCGUGGCGUUUCCGAUCCCGAUCGUGUUGAGAAGUGGACAGACUUGGCAGCGCAAAGUUCAACUUAUCUCGCUCUUCUCGCUGUCCAUCGUGAUGAUUGCAGUCACGGCCACCAGAAUACCAGAAGUCAUCCUUCACCGAGGCCGACAACAACUACGGACGGUCUGGGCUUCCUGUGAGAUUCUGGCAUCCACUUGCGUCUCGAAUGCAGUCAUUAUAGGAUCGUUCUUACGGGACAAGGGCACGAAGAAGAACAAGUUCAGGUCGAUGAGCAUGACCGAUAGUAUAGACCGUGCUUCGGUAAGGAGACCAACGUUGACAGCACUCCAACGAAUGGGCAGUGAUGAAGACCUGUUCCGCUCCCUAGGCUGCCGAAUCCCACAACAUCUGCUCGAGUACGAAGAUGAAGUGGCAAGACCGGCGCCCGCUGCAUUAUCAGCUGCAGAGAUGAAGCAGAAUCGAGACGCACCAUUAAUGUCCGGUGCACUGCGAGUCGCAACUCGAAAGGUAAUAAAGGAGGAGGUGGAAGAGGACCCCAACGAUGUGACUGGACCUCUGCCAACCGUAGAUGAUACCUCACCAGCACCCGCCACACCCUCGACAACGAAACGCAGCAUGAGCUUUUUCGACGUCGGUGGCCUACUAGAAGACGGCUCGCACUCCUGGGACUCCCGCUCCCGCUCAACCACCAUCGUCGAUUCCGGCGCCUCAGGCACAAUCGCAAUGGAUUUCGCCCCCACGACCCCCGAGCAAUCGCGUCGGGGCUCGAAUGCCUUUAUGACGGAUAUGGGCGGGAUCGGUCUGCCCGCUGCGCACCGCAAUGGGAAUGGAUUUCCUGGGCGCAGACACUCGGAUGUGCAGAUGAGUUUGCCGAGGUAUCGGCAUGCGCCUACGGGUGUGCUGGGGCCGAUGCUGGAGAGGCAUGAGACGCAGCAGAGUUUGCAGGAUCCGGGGGGGUUGUUGGGCGAUGAGGGGGGAAAAGCUGGUCGUGGGAGUUUGAGGGCGGAUCCGUCUGCUAAGCUUGAGCCGCUGCUGGCUGAGACGAGCGCGAAGGGGCAUGGUGGGCAGAGAGAUACGCCCAGGUCGAGCCCGUUGCUUGUUGAGGAUGGGCAGAAUGGUGUUGGACGGGUGGCCAUUCCGACUAUCGCGCAGAAAGCCACGAUUGUCACUAAUCAUCCUGCUUCUGUCUUUCCGCCAGCGGGUCAUGCAUCGGAGGAUAUGGCUUUACAUGAUCCAGGCGGCCUACUGACGUGA